UCAACAACGACAAUCUUGAACAAGACCUUUUACGAUAUCUACGACCAUACUCCCGAAUCACUCGAUUGGAUGUCGGUCUUGAUGGCCCAGGCGAUCGCUCAGUACAGAGACGACUCCAAAGUGAACAACAGAUUGAUCAAGGCAUUAGCAGAAGCAUUGAACGGGGGCGUCAGGCCGGACUGGGUGGGACAUAUUCGAGUGACAGAACUCAACCUCGGCGAGGAUUUCCCGGUCCUGAGCAGGGCUAGGAUCAGACCGGCAGAUCAUCCUGCUGGCACUGUGAGGGCGGAAAUCGAUAUCGACUUUAAUGACCAGAUCAUGUUGGGUAUCGAGACGUCAGUGCUGAUCAACUGGCCACGGCCGAGGAUAGCGGCCCUGCCAGUGUCACUCGUUCUCUCUGUUAUCAAAUUCCAAGCAACGAUAACGAUGCAAUUCAACACGAUCGACGGACAACAACAUAUUUCAAUAUCAACACUCCCGGAUUUCAAUCUUGAAUUCGGGGUGCAAUCGCUUCUAGGCGCCAGGACAAAGUUGGAGGACGUACCAAAGGUCACGGAUCUGAUCACGUCCAAGUUGCAGAGCUUCUUUGUCGACAAAUGUGUUUAUCCGAACGGACGUAAUAUUGCGAUGCCGACGUUCUGGGCGAAGCGCGACAUUUAUGCAAAGAGCCAGAGUAGUAGUAACACUGGCGGUCCCAAACAGCAAUGA